AUGUCAAUCCAACGACGCACUUCAAGACUCGACCAUCUUGCCUCGAGUGUACGACAAGACGUCCGCGCCCAUCAGCGCACCUACAAGGGAGCGUACACGCGGACGGCGAUCCAAUGUCUUUCGUUUUCCGUCAUGAUUAUCAAGUUCUUUUCUGCGGAGUUUCUCCCCAUUGGGACCGUAUACACGGCGUAUGGGUUUGUGCUCUACUUCGUCGGAGUGGCCAAGGCGAGGAACGUCUGGACGUAUUACGAUGGGCACGAAGAUCAAGAAAGGUUCACCACUGCGGGGGAUUCCGUGUUGUUGCUCACGUUGGUGAGUUUGGCGACAUAUGUGGCAUUGUUUGUGCUUGUCCUACGGCUUUGA